UGGGGGUGUGGUUUGGAUGGUGUCAUGGCUUCCCCCGUCCACGAAGCUACAUCUUUAUUGAGCCGAGCGUGAAUUAAAUGUCCUUUAAUUUCGUAAAAUAAACACCAACAUUUGAAGGACUACACAUUCAAUUCCUUAAUCAUGGGCACCGUCCACGCGAGGUUCACAUGAGGCAGUUGUGGGUCGAAGCUAAUGGCUGACAACAGUCUGGAGAAGGCAGAAUGCUGCCUACAGAACUAAUGCAUGGGGUUGCAUCAUCAAAUCAGACAAUCUGAUCAGUGGACACGCAUGGCAGUUUCUUCCCAGUGUCCGAGAUUAGGACCUGGUCCUGGAGUCUUGACCCUCUGCCAAUGCAGGGACCUGAGUUGGGGGUUCAUGCGGAUGACAUCGAGACACCAGAAAUGGAGCAGGAAUCAAAACAAGAGGUUCUUGAAAACAAAGAUGUCAUAGUCCAGCAUGUUCACAUAGAUGGUCUGGGAAGAACCAAGGAGGAUUGCUUAACAUACGAGAUUGCUGGUGUCUUCAGAGCAAAGAACUUGAUUGACGUAAUGAAGAGAGCCCACGAAGCCAGACAGAAGCUCCUCCGUCUUGGUAUCUUCAGACAGGUGGAGGUUGUCAUUGAUACCUCACAAGGGGUGGAUGCGCUGCCUAACGGACUAGAUGUGACGUUUGAAGUGACUGAGCUGAGACGUAUGACUGGUAGCUAUAACACCAUGGUUGGAAAUAACGAAGGCAGCAUGGUUCUUGGUCUGAAGCUGCCCAAUGUUUUCGGUCGUGCGGAAAAGCUUACAUUCCAGUUCUCCUACGGCACCAAAGAGACUUCCUAUGGGCUGUCUUUCUUCAAGCCUCAACCUGGUCACUUUGAGCGCAAUUUCGCUGUUAACUUUUACAAAGUCACAGGCCAGUUUCCAUGGAGCUCGCUGAGAGAGACUGAUCGUGGAGUCUCCACAGAAUUCAGUUUCCCUCUUUGGAAGACGAACCACACCCUGAAGUGGGAGGGUGUGUGGCGAGAGCUGGGAUGUCUGGCACGUACCGCCUCGUUCGCAGUCCGGGAGGAGAGCGGCCACUCCCUCAAGUCAUCACUCUCGCAUGCCAUGGUCAUCGACACCAGAAACUCCACAAUCCUUCCCAGGAGGGGUGCCUUGCUGAAAAUCAACCAGGAGUUGGCUGGCUACACUGGAGGAGAUGCCAGUUUUCUGAAAGAGGACUUUGAGCUCCAAUUUAACAAACGUCUUUUCUGGGACUCGGUCCUGUCUGCAUCUCUCUGGGGCGGAUGCCUCCUGCCCAUUGGAGAUAAGCCAACUUGCAUUGCUGACAGGUUCUAUCUCGGUGGUCCUACUAGCGUCAGAGGAUUCAGUAUGUACAGCAUCGGCCCACAGAGUGAAGGUGACUACCUGGGAGGUGAGGUGUAUUGGGCUGGAGCCGUCCACCUGUAUACUCCACUGCCCUUCCGUCCAGGCAAAGGGGGAUUCGGAGACCUCUUCAGGACCCACUUCUUCCUCAAUGCUGGGAACCUGUGUAACCUCAACUAUGGUGACGGGCCUCGAGCACACCUGAGUAAGCUGGCAGAGUGUAUCCGCUGGUCCUAUGGAGCGGGAAUCGUGCUACGACUCGGAAACAUCGCCCGGCUGGAGCUCAACUACUGCAUUCCCAUGGGCGUCCAGAGUGGAGACAGGAUAUGCGACGGGGUCCAGUUUGGAGCUGGAAUCCGAUUUCUGUGAUGUUGUCUUGCUGCAUUGAAUUGUGGAACACAGGAGUUUGUUUCGUUGGUUUUAGGAAGUGGGAGGUGAUCUAUAGGGGUCACUUUCAACACAGCGAAGGUUGCUGGGAAUUAAAUGUCUACUACAACCAAGCUAUUGUAAGUAAAAUGGACAGGGCAUCAAUGGGGAUUUUCCUCCAGUACUAAUGAAUGAUGACAGCCUCCAGUGCUCAAGAUGUUAAAACUAGAGGCCUUCACGGGUUCAAAAAGUUGUACUUGUUCCGAAAUGGACCUGGGGCUUUCCCGUCUGGACCCAAUAUGCCUACAUUUAUUUGUUAAAUAUAGAGACCCGUUCCGAAUGGACACGAGGACAACUAGACCCAUUCUGCAUAGACCUGGUCGGAUCCAGUCCGGAUACGAGUGAGGGAAUUCACAUUAUAAAGUCAAUUUUUAAGCGACCGGAGGUGAUAAAGCGAGGGAGAGGUAGAGCUCUAGCAGGACGUGUCAGCUAGUGACACGGGGAGCAGGGAAGAGGGAGGGAGAGGUAGAGCUCUAGCAGGACGUGUCAGCUAGUGACACGGGGAGCAGGGAAGAGGGAGGGAGAGGUAGAGCUCUAGCAGGACGUGUCAGCUAGUGACACGGGGAGCAGGGAAGAGGGAGGGAGAGGUAGAGCUCUAGCAGGACGUGUCAGCUAGUGACACGGGGAGCAGGGAAGAGGGAGGGAGAGGUAGAGCUCUAGCAGGACGUGUCAGCUAGUGACACGGGGAGCAGGGAAGAGGGAGGGAGAGGUAGAGCUCUAGCAGGACGUGUCAGCUAGUGACACAGGGAGCAGGGAAGAGGGAGGGAGAGGUAGAGCUCUAGCAGGACGUGUCAGCUAGUGACACGGGGAGCAGGGAAGAGGGAGAUGAGAGGUAGAGCUCUAGCAGGACGUGUCAGCUAGUGACACGGGGAGCAGGGAAGAGGGAGGGAGAGACGAGAAACGGCAACCGACUAAGCCGACUCGCGCUAUGGUAGAGUGAAUAGCAGCCUAGCUAGCUGUGUUAUUCUCGUCCUACACAGUUAGAAACAACUUCAUUCAGAAUAUUAAGUAGCAGCCUACCUGUUGGCUCUUGUAGCCUAUCCCUCUCCUUUAACUUCCAUAAUUUUAAAUGAAAUAUUCCAUUGAUAUUUCCUAACUUUUGCCACACAUGAAGGCUCUAUGACUAUAGCCCAGUGUUUUCCAAACUCAGUUCCGGGGACCCUAAGCGGUGCACGUUUUGUUUGUUUGCCUUAGCACUACACAGCUGAUUCAAAUAAUCAACGUUUUUAAUGAUGAGUUGAUUAUUUGAAUCAGCUGUGUAGUGCUAAGUCAAAGAAGCAAAAUGUGUACUGCUUAGGGUCCCCGGGACUGAGUUUGGAAAACGCUGUUCUAGCCUAUUGCUGCUUUGAUGACUUAUGAUUGGCCAACAACAAGCUAGACAUGCCACUCCUGUGAAACGAGGGAGCAGCUUAAAUGAUAUGAUGAUUUCUCUCUCUCUGUACUGCAGCAGAUCUGUACGGGUACUUCCGGACAAGUCGGUUUUGGUAUUUGGUAUUUUAUUAGGAUCCCCAUUAGCUGUUGCAAAAGAAGCAGUUACUCUUCCUGGGGUCCACAAAAAAAACAUGAAACAUUAUACAGAACAUUAAUAGACGAGAACAGAUCAAGGAUAGAACUACAUACAUUAUUUUUUUUUUAAGGCACACAUAGCCUACAUAUCAAUACAUACACACAAACUAUCUAGGUCUAAUAGGAGAGAGGCGUGCCGGGUUGCUUUAUCUGUUUUUUGAAACCAGGUUUGCGUGUUUAUUUGGUCGUUAAAAUUACACAUACCCGUGACAAUCAUAUCAGAUCCGACCCAGACCUGUGACAUUUAGAAUUCUGGAUCCGAACCCUCUCGGGUAUUCAGUUACAGGUGGAUCUGUGAAGACCUCUAGUGGAAACCUAAGAAAGGCAGACAUCAGCCAUGAGUCAAAUAUGUCAAUGUGGUCUAAAUGAUUAUGCUGAUUUAAUACAUGUUAUCAUCUACAGUUAUUAAAGAUACACUGAGUCUCUAUAGCA